UGACCGACAGCUUGAACUGGUGGACUGGGCGGAGAAGGCCAAGCAGGCCCAGGGCCUUACUUGAGCCCGAUCCCUCAGCCACCUCCCCCUUUCCCUUUCUCCUUUUCAAUAAAGUUUACGACCACCACCACGAAGUCGGUAACACAGAUGGAAGAAGUCGGCUACACAAAACCGAAUAAGGGCCUUCGCGAAUCGAAGCAUAGUGGGUACCUCAGCAUUUCCUCCUGUAUUGCUCCAAGUAAUUUUAUUGUCCCUUGUUAUCUAAUAACAAGCGUAAGCCUAACGCUAAGGAUUGUUUACUACCACGACGCAGGGGGCCCACCGAGCUGCCGUCUCGAAAACGAAGAAGUACGAAGUGUUCACGAGCAUCGAUCUCUGAACAAAAAAGCGGAAGAAGAAGAAGUGGAUACGGAUCGUGAGGAGGGCUCUGCGGAAUCGUCCCGAGGUGAAAUUCUUUCCAUGGCGACUGACCAGAAGAAGCUUCCCGAUUCCAGGGAUGCCUCGACGAUUCCUCCGCGUUCCGAUCAAAGCCAAGACGGGAGCGAAAAGAAGAAAAAGAAGAAGAAACGCCGGCUCAAACGCGACGAUCAAGUGUCUCACCCGAGCUGCUUGGCGCAGGAGUCCACCACGCCUUCGCAGCAGUCGUCGACGGCGUCGGUGUCGUCGAGCACGACACUGACGCCGGUCGUCAGCGUGUCGCCUAAAACAAUCGACUCGACAUCGUCCGCCUCCGGAAGCGAAUCGGUCAGCACCGCGGCUUGUGAGCCCGCCUGGUUGAUACCAAAAGGAGAGGCAGACGUUACUGCCGUCAACGUCUCGUCGUCGUUGCAACAAAAGAGCGCCACGGAAGGCAAGAGUGCUGCUUCGGCCCGAGAACUUGUUGACCCGCGGCCGACAGCAAAGCCAGAGCGGCUGCAGUCAGAACCCUCCUUCGGCACCACGGCGCCGCCCGGUGCUCCCCCAUGGAGUCUCCGAUCCUCCUCCCGUGUCUGGGGAGGGAGCCUAUUCGACCUGUCCCCAAGCACCAAGAUGGACGAGACGACCCUGGUGAUCGGAUCCCGCGCAAGCGCACCCGAGCUCUUCGGCAUGUGGUCACCUUCGCCGUCGAUGGAACCACGCAGUUACGGUGUUGCCUCUAAGGAUUCAGCCACGGCGCCAUACCCGAUGCGUCAGUCGUUGAGCGCGACCACGUCACGGCGCACAAGAAUAACGAUGCCGUCGUGGCUCUUUUCAAGACUUCGAGGCCCCGAAACGCCAGGCGGCUCGUCAGUACCGUCAGCAAUGCCUCCGUUGACGGGACAGCCGCCCUACGGUGUGGGCACAGAAUCCGGCGGUGCUCGGAGCAAUCUGCAGGUGCCGUACACUCCUACUCUGAUGUCGACGGACGCCUCGACUCAUCUGAAGAAUGCCGAAAGCCGUAUCGCCGGAAGGAAAGACAACCGUUCGCUGAGCUUUUGCCAACUGGAUGAUGAUCGAGACGUCGUGAGUAUACAUGUAUAAAACAAGAACUGUAAUUUGACUUCUUCUUUCUUAAGCGAAUAGAUUUUACCUUUCGUGCUCGUUUGCGUGGUCGGUAGUUGGUGUUCGAACUUUCACGCCCGAUACAAAAGGCGACGAUUUUCGCGCGCGUCCUCGCGCAACCAAGAUUGGGUCACCGUGGAACGCCAACUAUACGGGGGCGCGUUCACAUUGGCAGGACAUUCUUCGGUCUCGCAACGCCGAUUCUGCGGCCGCUGAUCUUGGCAGCGACUGGGAAAUCGACGUCGCGCGACUUAGAAGUGCCCUCGUCGCGCCGAUCGAUCCGAGACAGAUUUUCGUCAUAGAAAAACAAAAACAAAAAACAAAAAAAACAACGAAACCAAGAGCCAUUCCACUCUGGGAAGGUAUAUCGCCAGCAAAGAUGUUUGGCACGCCACACAGAGGUGACGCAGAAUUUUGAACAAAGGUACGAACUCAUUUACCGUUAUCUUUAUAUACAUUCGCGUGAACGACAGGACCACCGCCCCGAGGUGCCAGAAAAAAGUUGACACGCGUGACGUUUCAACGGGACCGCCACCACGCGAGAGCCGAAGGAAAGGAAACUAUUCACUGUAAAAAUGUUUACACGCUUAAAAGUGUUCUAUUGUCGUACUGGUAACACCCUUACCGUUAGGGCCUUACAAAAAGUUUUACAGGACGACAAUGGAGCUCUAACUAGACAUACGAUUACAAAAGAUGUAGUUGAAAACUGUGUAUUCGUUCUGACAGCCUUGGGCGCUCAAGAAUAUCCGACAGGACAAUUUCAUAUCUCUGCCUGAGAAAUUCUCUCGUCAGAUGUUUCCGUGCGCCCAAGGCUGUCA